AUGAAGCGGGUGACCCUGUUCCUGAACGGCAGCCCCAAGAACAGAAAGGUGGUUGCUGCAUAUGGAACUUUAUCUGAUUUGCUGUCUGUGGCCAGCAGUAAACUCGGCAUAAAAGCCACCAGUGUGUAUAAUGGGAAAGGUGGACUGAAUGAUGAUAUUGUUUUGAUCAGGGAUGAUGAUGUUUUAUUUGUGUGUGAGGGAGAGCCAUUUAUUGAUCCUCAGACAGAUUCUAAGCCUCCUGAAGGAUUGUUAGGAUUCCACACAGACUGGCUAACAUUAAAUGUUGGAGGGCAGUACUUUACAACUACCUUAGUGAAUAAAGAACCUGACAUUAUGCUGGCCCACAUGUUUGAGGACAAAGGUGUCUGGGGAAAUAAGCAAGAUCAUAGAAGAGCUUUCUUAAUUGACCAAAGUCCUGAGUACUUUGAACCCAUUUUGCACUACUUGCGUCAUGGACAGCUCAUUGUAAAUGAUGGCAUUGAUUUAUUGGGUGUGUUAGAAGAAGCAAGAUUUUUUGGUAUUGACUCAUUAAUUGAACACCUAAAAGUGGCAAUAAAGAAUUCUCAACCACCAGAGGAUCAUUCACCAAUAUCCCGAAAGGAAUUUGUCCGAUGUUUGCUAGCAACUCCAAUCAAGUCAGAAAUGCGAUGCCAGGCGCUUGACUGUGAAAAUCUCCAGGGAGUCAAGAUGCUCUGUUCUAAUGCAGAAGGAGCAUCUCUGAAAGUGUGUAAUUUUGAGGAUCCUUCUGGUCUUAAAGCCAAUUUAGAAGGUGCUAAUCUGAAAGGUGUGGAUAUGGAAGGGAGUCAGAUGACAGGAAUUAACCUGAGAAUGUCUACUUUAAAAAAUGCAAAGCUGAAGAACUGUAACAUCAGAGGAGCAACUCUGGCAGGAACUGAUUUAGAGAAUUGUGAUCUAUCUGGGUGUGAUCUUCAAGAAGCCAACCUGAGAGUGUCCAACGUGAGGGGAGCUAUAUUUGAAGAAAUGCUGACACCACUACACAUGUCGCAGUGUCAGAUGAGAAUUUUAGGGGCUGAAGGAAGAUGUGCAAGAUGA